AUGCAAUGGAAAGAGAAAUGGACCUGUCAUUUUUCUCCAUCUCUGCCCAGAAGCUAUAAGGAAAUCAAAGAGAGAUGCUGUGGUGCCUGUGAUGGCCUGUAUUUCCUCCACACUGAGAAUGGUAUUGUCCACCAGAUGUUCUGUGGCAUGACCUCUGGGGGUGGUGGCGGGACACUGGUGGCCUGUGCGCAUGAGAACCACAUGUCCAGGAAGUGCACAGUGGGUGAUCACUGGUCCAGUCAGCAGGGCAUCAGGGCAGACUACCCAGAAGGGGACGGCAACUGGACCAUUUACCACACCUUUGGGUCUGCAGAGGCAGCCACCAGCGAUGACUGCAAGAACCCUGGCUACUUAUUCCAGGCCCGGGACAUGGGCAUCUGGCCCAACAAGUCCCCCCUGUAGCACUGGAGGAUCAGCUCCCUGCGGAGAUACCACACCAACAAUGGCUUCUUCCAGAGUUUGGCUCCUUCCAGUGUUUCAUCCUACCAGAAAUUCCCCAUGAAAUGCGGAGGAGAGUGUUGUACUGACAACGGCCUGGCAAUACUUGUGGUCUGUGAUUUUGGUGAUUCCCAGAAAAUGGCAUCUUAUGACUCACCCCUUGGCCAGAGUGAGUCUUUAACGCUCCUCUGA